CCAAAUUAUCUGCAUUCAAACAUCACAAAUAAAUCAGUACCACGACACUUCCCAAGCUGUCUUUCAGAAGGCAAACCAUAUCUGUAAGAACAGCAAAUUAAGAUGGCAGCUGAAGCUUUCAUUGCUGCAAUUGCCGAGGCAAUCCUGAACAAAAUAAGCACACUGUCAGCUGAAUACAUCAGCCAAGCUUCGGGCCUGGGGGAAGAGCUGAAUACGUUGCACAGACAGCUACUCAUGAUUCAGGCAAAGCUACAUGAUGCUGAGAAACGGCAGCAAGAACAAGAGUCCGUGAGAUUUUGGCUACGACAGCUUAAAUUCGUGGUUGAAAGUGUUGAUGAUGUGCUGGACGAGUUUGCAUACGAGAAAUUCCGGAAAGAAAUAGUUACCCACAACCACAUGAAGGAAAUGGUGCGCAACUUAUUUUCACAGUCCAACCCUGUUAUUUUCCAUUUCAAGAUGAUUUCUAAAGUUAAGCUCAUCAAUAGGAGGCUGGAUCAAAUCACUAAAGAGGCAAACAACUUGCACCUUGUAGAUCAGCUACCCUUGAAUAAUAUGACCGAGGCAGCAGCUGAUGAUCGAGCUUGCAGAGAGACCCAUCCCUUUGUUGAUGAUUCAACGAUUGUUGGAAGGGAUCAGGAUGUAUCCAAGAUAAUGAACAAGUUACUUAGCCCCACCAAAGUCGGAGACAAUCUACUCACUAUCUCCAUAGUGGGGAUGGGGGGUGUUGGGAAGACGGCGCUGGCACAGAAAGUUUAUAAUAAUGAGAAUGUGGUGAGGCAUUUUGGUGCUAAGCAAAGAAUGUGGGUUACAGCUUCCCAUGAUAUCGUUGUCAAAAGGAUUUUAAAUGAGAUGGGGGAAUAUAUCACGGGAGAGAAAAUUCAGAUGUCUAAUAUUCAAGCCAUAGUAGAAAAGCUUAAAGAAGUGUUGAAUGGCAAAAAAUAUUUGCUAGUGCUUGAUGAUGCAUGGUGCACAGAUCCUAAAAGUUGGGAUCUCCUGAGAAAUGCUUUGCUAGGAAUUCGUGCUUCAAAUGGAAGUAAGAUUUUGGUAACCACCCGCAGCGAUGAAGUUGUAUCAGCCAUGCAAGCAAAUCCCACGCAUCGUUUAUCAGGGCUUACAGACGAUGAUAGCUGGAUUGUGUUUAAACAGAGAGCAUUUGCUAGCGGCGGAGCAAAAGAGACCCCUGACUUGGUAGACAUUGGAAGAAGGCUCGUGAAGAGGUGCGGCGGUUUGCCGCUGGCGCUAAGGUUACUUGGAAGCUUGAUGUACUCAAAGAAGAUUGAAAGCGAGUGGUAUUCAACGGAGAACAACAGCAUAUGGGAAUCACCUAAUCAUGGACUGAGAAUCAUGCCUAUCUUGGAGUUAAGCUUUAAUCAUAUGUCGCCACCAUCUCUAAAACAAUGUUUUGCAAGUUGUGCUAUGCUUUAUAAAGAUCAUGUCAUUCGGAAAGAAAAACUAAUCUGGCUGUGGUUAGCUCAAGGAUUCCUUCAGCCAUUUGAAGGGAGCAAAUUGGAGAUGGAAGAUAUAGGUAAUGAAUACUUCAACAUUCUAUUGUCGAAUUCCUUGUUUCAUGACAUUGAAAAGGAUAAAUUGGGUAAUAUAAAACGGUGCAAGAUGCACGAUCUAUUGUACCAUCUUUCUUAUCAUAUUUUAAGAUACGAAAUUCGGGUUUUGAGGGAUACGAAGCCGUUUGAGAAUACCAUACCAACUCCAGCUGAUGUACUGCAUCAUCCUAUGAAAGACAUAGACGAGUUUGGGAAGAACAUAAAUUGCAGCUUAAUAUUCCCAAGAGCUAUCGUUGGCGACAUGUUAACUCACAGUAACAACUUAAGAGUUGUAGAUUUCAGUGGGACUGGAAUUAAACAAGUGCAAGGUUCAAUUGGAAAGCUGAAACAUUUGAGGUACUUUGACAUCUCGGGCACUAGCAUCAAAAGGUUGCCUGAUUCAUUUACCAAGUUGUACCAUUUGCAGACAUUGAAUGUGGAGCACUGCAAGAGCAUGGAGGAGCUACCAAAAGAACUAAGUAAAUUGAUCAAUUUGAGACAUUUGUGCCUUGAUGAGACCAAUGCUGAGAGACUAAUGAAAGACGCACCAAUUGAGAUGGGGCGGUUGGUUGAUUUGCAGACAUUACGUGUAUUUGUGGUGGGUCUGAACAGGGGUUUUCAAAUCGAAGAGUUGGGAUCUUUGAACAAGCUUCGAGGGGAACUGAGGAUCUGCGAUCUAGAGCAUGUGAAGGAUGAGGAAGAAGCCAAAAAAGCAAACUUGCAGAGAAAGAACCUUGACAGCUUGGAGCUUCAAUGGAGGAGUAGAAACACCGACAGCAACAACAGCUGGAUCAUGAAUCAUGACAAUGAGGUAUUGGUAGGCCUGCAACCCAACUCAAACCUGAAAAUCUUGAGUAUUGAAGGUUUUGGGGGCGGCACAGCAUUACCGCCAUGGAUGUCCGCGAUGAUGCUUCUUCAGGUGUUGGAGAUAAAGAAUUGUCCCAAAAUGAAGUGCAUCCUUCAGAGUUUUGAAAGCUUCGGUGGUGCAGCCUCCCUCCAGCAAUUGAGCAUCAGCGAAUGUGCAGAAUUGAUGUCUUUGCCUAGUGGACUCGAAUUCUGUAGAUCUCUAGAGGAAUUGAGGAUACGGGUGUGCCCUAAACUGGAAUAUGUGCCGGCUGGUUUACUGCAGUUGCAUUCCCUCUCAGUUUUAGAAAUUGUUGGUUGCGGAAGAUUGAGCAGUUUUCCGGAAGGGCUACUGUGCUGCCUCGUCGGUUUGAAGGAACUAAAGAUUGGAGGAUUUUGGGGAGAGCUGGAUACUUUCCCUACUCUCCUCUGCAAUAGUUGUGCCGGUGGUACUGGUAGUGCUGGUACUAGUAGCAGCACCGACAUCGCCAUUGAGCACAACCACAACCACCGUGCGUCCCACCUCGAAGAAGUAUCGUUGUUGGGAUGGCCUAAGGUCAAGUCUCUGCCAUGCUUAUCUCCUCUAAACAUUUUGUGUUUAUGGGUUCACGGAUUUGGUGGACUGGAAGCUCUGCCGGAGUGGCUGCCGGAAAACCUCCGAGAACUAUACCUUGUGGAUUGCGACAACCUGAAGUACCUGCCUUCAGUGGAAUCCAUGCAACGCUUUACCCAAUUGCAGCAGCUGUAUGUUCAUGGGUGUCGCCUUUUGGAAGAAAGAUGUGGAGAGCAAACUGGCCCAGAUUGGCACAAGAUUGCCCAUAUCUCAAACAAGUACUUUUCAGGAUGAUCUGAUCAGCCGUAGAAUUCCAAUUUUGGGUGUUGUGGGUCGUGUCCAUUUCUGUGAGUGGCAAGAACAAACCCAGAAUUCAAAUUUUUGGGAAGGUCUGUUCUUUUUCUUUUCUCUGUUUUUUUUUUAUCCCCAUUCACCUCCUCAUAACGUUCUAAUCAGAAACCUCUAUUGCUGAUUGAUUUUUACUUCAAAAAACAAGAUGAAUCAAAUAUUAGCUAUUUGGAGAAA